AUGGAAACGCGCAGUACGCCUCUCGAAAAUCGACCGCGACUUCCCCGCAUAGCCCUAAGCAAGCGGAAUCGGGCUGUCGUGAGGGCUCUGAACCCAAUGCUGGUGAUCUAUUUGGAAGCCAGCCGGGACCUUUGCGAGACGGACUCAAUUCUCUUUGGCGCCGCACUGGCAGUCUGCCGUAUUAUAGGCGCCAAACUUUCCACGUCUGGACGCACUACUGGACAAAGUAGUGCUAUCCCAGCCUGGAGAACAAGAAUUGAAGAACGUAUCGCAAAGGCUAGGGCCCUCAUCGGCAGACUGAUAUGCUUCAGGUCAGGCAAUACCAGGCCAAGGAUUGUGCGCACCGUCAGGAUGGCGUUUGCUGGGACAAAUGUUAGUUUGUCCCAGCCGGAUAUAAUGCAAAAACUGACGGAGCGAAUAGACGACCUGAAGCAGAAAAUCGCUUCUUGGGGAAAGCGAAUUCGGCGAUAUACCGAGAGGUCGACACGGUUCAACCAGAAUCGUCUCUUCCAGAGUGAUCAGAAGAGGCUCUAUAAAUCAUUGGAGCGACCAAUGGUAAGUGGAACGGGCCCAGUACUGAAUCAGGCCGACACGGUCGCAUUCUGGCGCAGCCUGUGGUCAGAGCCCGUAAACCACAACGAGGGCCCUUGGACGGAAGUUGUGGCGAGUCAGUGUGCGGGUAUUACGCCCAUGGACCCCGUCACCAUAACGCCGGAUGACGUAGCUGAGGCGGUCCGUAGGGCCCCGAACUGGAAAAGUCCGGGACUCGACGGGCUGCAUCACUACUGGCUGAAGGGGUUCGUGGUGUGUCAUACUGUCCUCGCCCGACAGUUUCAAGAGGUUCUCAACCAGAAGUCGCUCCCGAGCCUCUUCACUACUGGGAUCACCCAUUUGGUUCCUAAAGACCAGGUUUUGGAGCAAUGA